CCUGCAGUGUUUGAUCAAAGUCUGGUUGGACCUGGGGAUCUCAACAUUUUAAAUACAUUCCUCAUUCAAAUCUGAGGACCCUUGCUAAACUUCACCUAGAGGAGGUUUUAGCUAAUUUCCUUCUUCUGAGAUGGGAGCAGGAUAUUACCCUCUCCUGACUUAUACUGCCCUCUAUAUCUUAGUGUUCAAUCAUGUUUUGUACCUCCAGUUUUAAUUCCUCUGCUUUUGACCUCAGAAACUGGUUGUCAUUAACUGGGUAUCAGUGAUAAACACAGGAUGCCAGACAACAAAUGGGAGGCAGAAAGAGGUCAGAAGAGUGUGAAGUUGAUGUCUCUGUGGAGUAAGUAGGCUGCAGUCUGGGCAGAGGAUACUGUUGGCAGUUUGCUGUACAUACAACAAGGAAUUUAAAACUAUUCACUGAGCAAGUAGGGAUCACCUGCUACAUGUCCAGCACUGUAACAAGUGUUUCAUUGGUAAGUGUAAAAGUGGAACCAGGCUGUGCUGAGGGCCAGGAGCCCUCCUUCCUUAUCUUGCCACCCUCAUGACCCUUUCCACUUUGACCUCAAAGGACACCAAUUUUUUGUUGUUUUUAAUGUAAGCCUCUAUUCCUUCAGUCUGUAGAUUUUCCAGGAAACUGCCUUUGACUUAGUAGAGCAGAAGGUAUAAGUUGCACAUAACCAUUUCCCCAAUCUGUCUGCAUGAGGAAACCAGACUUAUCUCCUGAAAAUAUUUCCCACUUUUAAGAACCUCUCCUGGGCUAGGGUUGUAGCUCAGUGGUGGAGCACUUGCAUAGCCCGUGUGAGGCCCUGGGUUCUAUCAUCAGCACCACAUAAAAAUAAAGGUAUUGUGUCCAUCUACAACUAAAAUAAUAAAAAGAUCCUCUCCUGCCCAUUUGCUGCUCCAAUCUCUACUAAGUACAUGAUCAUAGUUUUAAGGAAGAGUGAAAGGAACUCAAAAGUCAUAAAGGGAUCCUGUGCUGGAUUGGCGGAGAACAGGUUCCCAAACCUAAGGCUGCGGGCCUGGGCACUACACCUCCCAGAAGGCCUUGCGCGGGCGCAAGGGGCGGGGCCUGCGAGAGGGUGCGCUUGUUGCUGGGGCUCCCGGAUGGCGGGACCAGUGAAGGACCGCGAGGCCUUCCAAAGACUCAGCUUCUUGUACCAGGCCGCCCACUGUGUCCUUGCGCAGGACCCCGAGAACCAGGCGCUGGCGAGGUUUUACUGCCACACGGAAAAGACCAUUGCGAAGCGACUAGUCCUGCGACAGGACCCCUCGGUGAAAAGGACCCUAUGCCGCGGCUGCUCCUCCCUCCUCAUCCCUGGCCUCACCAGCACCCAGCGCCAGAGACGCCGCAGGGGACAACGCUGGACAAUACAGACCUGCCUGACAUGCCAGCGCAGCCAGAGGUUCCUCAAUGACCCCAAGCAUCUGCUCUGGGGAGACCGGCCUGAGGCUCAGCUGGGGAACCAGGCAGAUUCUAGACCACCACAGCCCUUGCCAAACACAGCUCAUCCCAUUCCAACCCACCUUCCUAAAGAGCAAGCGCAACCUCAGGUUCCAAUAACCAGCGACGGAUUCAUCCCAUCUUCCAGAUAAAUAAAGUUUAAUUCUUUUUCACUUUGAA